AUGUGGUGUCUGAUGAAGCCCUCCUUUGCAGAUAUCGGCCACAAGAUGCUGACCCUGUGGGCCUUGGCCAUCAUGCUAGCCGUCCAGGCAGGAGCGCUUGACCUACCGACCACACCUUCACAGCUGGGAGCCCCUCCUUACCAAAUAACCUCUGGGCUUCCCGUUCAUUUCCCGAUCAGUGUGCCUGACCCACAAGUCCCCAGAAUUUCCUCAAUCAGAAAAGGCUCUCCACCUCCGAGACGUGCAGCUGGCACCUCAAGAGCCAGAUGUCCACCCGUGGCCAAAUACCUUGUGUCUAGCAGCAAACUCAAUGACUAUCUGAAUGCCACCCUGACCCCGAAGAUAGAGAACAUGCUGAAGUGUGAGGAGAUAAAUCUGGCCGGUGUGUUGGGAGAAGUGAUAUCCACAGUGUCCAACUCUGACCUGCUGUCUGUGUUAGAUCUUAGUUCAUCCCUCGAUAUCCUUGGAGGUGGUGGCCUCGGUGGUGGCCUUGGUGGUAUCCUGGGCAAAAGAACAGCACCCCUCAAUAUCCUUGGAGGUGGUGGCCUUGGUGGUAUUCUGGGAAAGGGGAGCAGCAACAAGCCCCCAAAGCACCCCCAGUCAUUGCUCUCAGAAGCCACUAGUGCUGUCAGUGACCUCGGCCAGGAGGCUCUGGGCAGUCUGCCACUUGUCGACAGCACUGGUCUCUUGACUGGAGACAAACUCAAAGAAACCACUGAGGGCAUACUGAACAGUGUGGUGCCGAAAGACAUCGACAGUGCGCUCACAGGCCUGCUGGGAAAUAUCGACUUGGCAGAUCUCUUGUUAGGAUUAGAGGUUGAAAAAGUGACUGUGGAGAACAUGACGUCAACCAUGACAGGCAACGGGAUCCUUGUCCACGCCAUGACUACUGCCUUCAUAGGUGGAAAUGGCCUAGCAGGACCUGUAGUCAGCAUACUGGGAUUUCAAGUGCAUGCAGAUGUAACUCUGCAAAUUGGAAUUUCUACCAACAACACGCAAUGUGUUAGCCUCCUAGUCCAGGGGAAGAACAUCGAAGUCAAGAACGUCAACCUACAGAUAGCAGAGGUGGUCACAGGUGUUUUGCCUCUGCCUCUGCCCUUGGAUGACACCAUUUCUCAACUGCUGACAGUAACUAUGAAUGAGAAUAUUGAACGAUCCAAAUCAUGUGGCACUGAGCUCAGUGAUGUCAACAAAUGCAAGAACUCUACUGGCUUGUUCAACUACCAAGUUAGAAGUUCCAGGAUUUCUGCAGAGGGUCUUUCAAUCCUCUACUGUGCCUACUUUAACCAAAAUAAAUCCCCUGUGCCUGGAAGCUACCUUCCUCCAGAUCCUAAAAAUGUCAACACUGCCGUGAUUUUGUCCCGAAUGAUGCUCAGGGAGAUUGUCACUAAAAGUGCCAAGGAGAGCUCUGUCAAGAUAAACAACCUGGAAGCAGCAAUCACCAAAAUCAUUUACUACCACCUGCCAAACAACAAAAUCAAUGCCGCCUACUGGGUCAACGUGGAAAGGGAUGGUGAGAACAUAGCCACUGGGCAGACGAAUGUCACCAUCUCCCAUGCAAGUGAGAUUUCAAACAACAAAAUCAAAACAACCAUCAAGAUUGUCAGUGCUAAACACAGCGUGACACCCCCUGAGGCUGAGGAGGAAGAAAGAGAUGCGCUACGUGAAGUUCUGAAGAAAGUUUUAUUUGCUGUUACUGGCAACCUAAAUCAAUGGAAUAUUCCACUAGGAGCAAUCCCAAAUUCUCUAAACAGUGCCAAGCUUCAAGUGCUUAAAUCGGUAAGAGAAAGAAAUAUAAACAUUUUCCUCUCACAUUAA